AAUUUGCCUUGAUGUGAAAUUGUAUAGACAAUUUGGAGUCCAAUUGGUGUCUUCCUCCUUCUUUGCUAUACAGACCAGCAACCAUCAUCACUCUUCAUUUUCCCUCCACGCUCAGAUCGCAGUCACACAUUCAACAAUAAACCCUUUUCUACUUCUACUACUGUUAUCUAGGGUUUUUCAAUUUCACAUUUCUAAUGCUGAAUUGAUCUUCAAUUCUUCAAUUCACCGAAACCAAUACCUAAUUAGUUCAUAUGAAACCCUUUUCGUUCACAAAAGUUCUUCUUUUUCUUCUUCUACUUUGCACUUUUUCCUCUUUUGUUUUCUCUGAGGAUUCUAAAAAGAAUGCUUUCCGGGAACGUGAAGCCUCCGAUGAUGCUCUUGGAUACCCUGAAAUAGAUGAGGAUGCUUUGGUGAAUUCAAAAUGUCCUAUGAAUUUGGAGUUAAGAUGGCAAACGGAAGUUAGUUCUAGUGUCUAUGCAAAUCCCUUGAUUGCUGAUAUUAACAGUGACGGAAAGCUUGACAUAGUGGUUCCCUCUUUUCUUCACUACCUCGAAGUUCUAGAAGGAACCGAUGGGGAUAAAAUGCCAGGCUGGCCUGCUUUCCAUCAAUCAACUGUGCAUUCUAGCCCUCUUCUAUAUGACAUAGACAAAGAUGGGGUGAGAGAAAUAGCUUUGGCAACCUACAAUGGUGAAGUGCUGUUUUUCAGGGUUUCCGGCUAUAUCAUGUCAGAUAAGCUUGAGGUCCCACGUAGGAAAGUCCUUAAAAAUUGGUAUGUGGGUUUGAAUCCUGAUCCUGUGGACCGUUCCCAUCCAGAUGUUCAUGAUGAUCAACUUAUCCAAGAAGCUACUAUCACAAAUUCUGUGUCCAAAAUGAAUGGAAGCAGACACGAAGUUAAUUCCUCAGCUGCCACAUCAACAGAAAGUCACCCUAACACAGAAAGUCACCCUGACACAGAAAGGCACCCUGACACAGAAAAUCACUCUGACACAGAAAGUCACCCUGUCACAAAAAGCGUGUCUAAUCCAGAGCCCGAAAACAAAAUAAAUGGAAGCCAAUCAGAAGAGAAUAUUAAUGUGACAACAAAUGCUGAUAAUUCCUCUGUGGGUGCCGGUUCUGUGGAGACUGUUAAUGCAGAUAAUAAUACCAGCACUGGGAGGCGUCUGCUGGAAGAUAACAACUUAAAAGGAGCUGAACAAGGUAGUUCUGAAUCCAAAGGUAAGGAAGAUGUUCAUGCUGCAACUGUGGAAAAUGAUGAAGGCCUGGAAGCAGAUGCUGAUUCAUCUUUUGAGUUAUUCCGCAAUAGUGAUGAGCUGGCGGACGAGUACAGCUAUGAUUAUGAUGACUAUGUUGAUGAAUCGUUGUGGGGUGAUGAAGAAUGGACUGAAGAGAAACAUGAGAAAUUAGAGGAUUACGUGAAUGUUGACUCACAUAUCUUGUGCACUCCUGUCAUUGCAGAUAUUGACAAUGAUGGUGUAUCGGAAAUGGUUGUUGCGGUUUCUUAUUUCUAUGACCAUGAGUAUUAUGACAACCAGGAGCAUAGGAAAGAACUGGGUGAUAUUGACAUCGGGAAAUAUGUUGCCGGUGGUAUUGUUGUUUUUAAUCUGGAUACAAAACAAGUUAAGUGGACUGCAGAUCUUGAUCUGAGUACAGAGACAGCAAAUUUCCGAGGGUACAUGUAUUCUUCUCCAACUGUUGCAGAUUUGGAUGGUGAUGGGUGUCUGGACAUUCUUGUUGGAACUUCUUAUGGCCUAUUCUAUGUGCUAGAUCAUCAUGGUAAAAUUAGAGAAAAGUUCCCUCUUGAAAUGGCCGAAAUUCAAGGAGGAGUUGUUGCAGCUGAUGUUAAUGAUGAUGGGAAAAUUGAGCUAGUUACCGCUGAUACACAUGGAAAUGUUGUUGUAUGGACCCCAAAAGGAGAUUUGAUAUGGGAAAAGCAUCUGAAAAGUCUUAUUCCACAUGCUCCAACUAUUGGCGAUAUUGACGGUGAUGGCCAUACUGAGCUUGUUGUUCCAACAAUAUCAGGGAAGAUUCAUGUUCUUGAUGGAAGGGAUGGAUCAUCUAUUGGACGGUAUCCAUUUAUAACUCAUGGAAGAGUGAUGAACCAAGUUCUUCUAGUUGAUUUAAGUAAACAAAAGGAAAAGAAGGGAUUGACUAUUGUGACCACUUCGUUUGAUGGUUAUUUGUACCUCAUUGAUGGACCUACAGGCUGUGCUGAUGUUGUUGACAUUGGUGAAACUUCAUAUAGCAUGGUCUUGGCAGACAAUGUAGAUGGCGGGGAUGAUCUUGAUCUGAUUGUCUCAACAAUGAAUGGCAACGUCUUCUGCUUCUCAACUCCAUCUCCUCACCAUCCCCUGAAGGCAUGGAGAUUGCCUAACCAAGGAAGAAAUAAUGUUGCAAAUCGAUACGGUCGUGAAGGCAUCUACAUUACUCAUCCUUCUAGGGCAUUCCGUGAUGAGGAAGGCAAGAGUUUUUGGGUGGAAAUUGAGAUUGUAGAUAAUUACAGAUACCCAUCUGGCAAUCAAGGACCAUACCAUGUCACUACAACCUUGCUUGUCCCUGGUAAUUACCAAGGAGAUAGAACAAUAAAGCAGAACCAGACCUAUUCUCUACCUGGUAAACAUCGAAUUAAGCUGCCAACUGUGGGGGUAAGGACUUCAGGAACAGUUUUGGUUGAGAUGGUUGACAAAAAUGGACUAUAUUUCUCAGAUGAUUUCUCCCUCACAUUCCAUAUGCACUACUAUAAAUUGUUGAAGUGGCUUCUUGUUCUUCCAAUGCUUGGAAUGUUUGGUGUCCUUGUCAUCCUUCGUCCACAAGGCGCAGUGCCAUUGCCAUCAUUCUCAAGGAACAAUGAUUAGUGAUGAUUAUUUUGUUUCAUCGCUCUAGGCAUCUUUGAGCUCAGGAAAUGUGAAUUUUACAUCAAAUUGAGUUACACCUGGGUGCCGCAGUGAGCUUUGAUCGCAUAGUCAAAGUGGAUAUUUUAUGAGAAGCAUUUGUUCAAGCUUGGUUCAGAGAUAGUUGAGGGUUGCAACGCAGUGAAUGAGAUCCUGAUAUUGGGAUGUGCCCUUAAUGUGUAGUGUAAUCACAUACUGAAAUGUAGAACUUAACUAGUUUUUUUGGCAUCUUUAUAACGGAAUAGAUAUUUAUAAUAAUAUAUAGCUUUCUAUGAUUUAUUUCCA